AGGGGGAGGCCGUGUUGUGCACCCGGGGCAGGCAGGGAGGGUUCCCCAGGGCCCAGGCCCUUCCGCCUCUGCGCUGAGAGCCCAUGACAGGGGCAGUAGGGGACCGCAGGGAAGCCGCGUCCCGCAGGCCGCCGGUCGCUCAGCCCGGAGGAUGCCCGGCUCUGCGGAACCGGACUGGCACGUCUUUCCCUGGCACGGCUGGGCCGGCUGCAAGAGCCGGGCCCCGCGGGCACAGGCCGGUGCUGGGCCCGGGCGCGGCCUCACCCGCCGCCCCCAGGUCCGGGUGUCCGCGGCGAGCUGGGGCCGCCGGCUGGCAGCGGGGCCCCGUCCCCGGGCGGCGCGGCGCGGCGCGGCCGGGUGCGGACUACAACUCCCAGCGCUCCGCGGCGCGGCCCUCCGGCGGCGGCCGAGGAAACGAAAGCGGCCGCCCCGGGAGCCGACUUCACCUUCAGGCCGCAGCAUGAACGGCAGCGUGGCGGGCGGCGGCGGCGGCUUUUCCGAGGAGGUCAUCAGCCUCACCCGCAGACCCUCAGGGCUGGGCUUCAACAUUGUUGGAGGGACAGAUCAGCAGUAUCUUUCCAAUGACAGCAGCAUCUAUGUCAGCCGGAUCAAAAAGGAUGGGGCAGCUUACCUUGAUGGCCGGUUACAAGAAGGAGAUAAAAUUUUAGCGGUCAAUGGCAAAGACUUGAAGGAUUUGCGGCACAAGGAUGCUGUGGAAAUGUUCAGGAAUGCAGGCUGUGACGUGUCUCUGAGAAUUCAGCGCAGGUUGCAGCCACAAAAUGGCCCUGUGGGUCAUCGAGGUGAUGGAGAAUCAGGUGGGCUUCCUCUAGCAGCUGUUCUUGUGCCAGGCCUGGCGCUGGCUGCGGCAGCGGUCUGGAUCUUGCUGAGGUAUCGGCAGCGGAUGUGAAGAGUUCACAUUUUGGAUAUCACUGCGUAUUUUACACAGCUAUGAUGUAAUUUAAAGAUAGAGAAUCAACGAUCUUACCACAGACUGAUGUCAAAAAGGAUCAUUGCCUAUCGUAAAGCUGCUGCUGAUGUUCUUUAUAAAUUGAUUUUGUUCCAGGGUGGAUGGAAGCAGAGAGGAAAAGAAGAAGGGAGAUGACUAUGUUCAUGUAUAGAGUGGGAUAGCUCUAUUUUUGACUAAUCUGAGGAGGUUUUGCCAUCUGCCUCUAUUUUGCACCAUGAACUUUCAAGCACACUCAUCUAUUUCAUGUUUUAAGAUGCGAUUUUUGGCUAAAGGGGGUGGUUUUAAAUCAAAAACAUUUACUUGAGGCUUUGCCUUGUUUUCACUGAAUUUUUCUUGAAACUAAUGAUACCUGUCUGAACCACGAAUAAAGAGGAGCAAUGUGGAGGGUAUUAUUUUUUUCCAUUGAAUUUUUGUUGGUUGUUGCUAAAUAAAUGCCUUAAGAAAAAUGUAUAAAAUCUAAUCUGUGAUUUCACAGGUGAAAUCAUCAGUGUAGCUGCUGAUUUAGCAGUAAUAUGCAGUAUUCGUGAGGUAUUCCAGUUCUGGAAAGACAGAAGAUAGCGUACUGCUAGAAAAAGACCUUGAUUGUCAGAAUGACUGCUCAUUCUUGGGUCAGAGUUCUAAGAGAAAGCUUUCCACAAAAUGCUAGCAUACUGGAGAGAGACGGGCCAACAAUUGAAUCACAGGGACGAAUAGUGGUGAGAGAUUUGGGCAUGCUGAAGCUGCAGCGCGGUCUUUAAAUUAGUGAUGAAGCAGUAGUCCCUCCAUCUGUCAAGUGGGUUGAAGUCUGCAUCUCUCAGGUUAAAAGGCCAUUUGGUGGGUUAUUUUGGGGGAGAAUACUUUAUGUAAAGUUUUCUGUAGCAGCUAACUUGCUUUCCACGGUCAGAAAAUCUUGUGAUGAUUGAAAGGGAGAAGCCGAGAACGGGCUGGUAUUCUCCUGGAUAUUGCUUGUUUGUGAAGAUGGAUGUGAUGUUCAGGAGACAGACUGACAAGGUCAGGUGUAAGCCAGGCUGAGGCUUAGUGAGUAAAACAAAAGGGAGAGACCCUUGCUCUGGAAAGCUUGUUGCUGAAUUUGCCUGCAGGGUCUCAUCUGCUUGCUGUGAUUUGGAUGGUUUUAAAUGCCCCAGCUGACAUGAGCUCUGCUGGGUGAGACCUGUUUCUCUUGUCUUUGUAAAAGAAAAGCAAAAUGCAUGGUCUGGUCUGUUUGAUGCCAAAAAAAAAAGAAAUCACAUAUGCAAUAUAUGUAUUCAAACAAAGAAAAA